ACCGACGUUGUUGGGGCGCUCCAUUUGGAAUGACCUCCCGGUUGCUGCAGUUUUGGAGAAAAUUCAUACCACGGUGGAGACCUGUGCGCACUCCUGAGAGCAAGUUCAUAAUGGGCGGGAAGACGGAGAGGCUGGUCUGGGUUGACCUCGAGUUUUCAGGCCUGGAUGUCAGUAAGGAUCAAAUACUGGAGAUAGCCUGUGUCAUCACUGAUAAAGAACUCGAUGUUUUGGCAGAGGUUUGUGUCUCUCACCAUAAAUAAUAAAGACUGCGUACUAGCAUGCUCUCACAAGGUCCUUGAUUAGUGGCUUACAAAUAGAGACAUUUCUCAAUUCCCACACUGUGCUGGAGACCACUUGUUUCUCUCUCUGCCUGGGGCAGGGUCCAGACAUUAUCAUCCACCAGUCAGAUGAGGUCCUGGGCUCAAUGAACGACUGGUGCGUCACUCACCACGGAGAGUCAGGGCUAACAGAGGCCAGUCGGUGCUCAAGAGUGGGUCUUGGAGAGGCAGAGGAGCAGAUGCUGGAGUUUGUGAAGCAGAAUGUCCCGGCUGGCCGCUGCCCCCUGGCCGGGAACACCAUCCACAUGGACAAGAGGUUCCUCGACAAGUACAUGCCGCGGCUCAUGCAGCACCUACACUAUAGGAUUGUCGAUGUCAGCAGUGUGAAAGAACUCUGCAGGCGGUGGUAUCCAGCAGUGUUUUCUAAAGCUCCAAAGAAACAACUGAAGCACAGAGCUGUGGAGGACAUUAGGGAGAGUAUUGCUGAGCUCAAGUACUACCGAGGAACUAUUUUUAAGAGUUCUUGAAAAAAUAAACUCCCGAUUGUAGCUUUGUAAUACCCCUACGUCUGUACCUGGUCUGCGGGCUAAGUUACUUUUUCUCAGGUGUGACCAAAACCUUGUACACAAAUGAAGGUAU